AUGUCGCCCUCGCUAGACACGAUCCCGCAGGAGGUCGUCGAGCACGUCGCGUACUUUGCCGCGACGCAGCAGCCGCUGGGCCCGCCGUCAGGCAUCGUGCCGCUCCUGCUCGCGAGCCGGAGGGUGCACGGAUUCUUAUCGUUCGAAUCGAACCCGCACCUGUACGCACGGAUAUUCCAGUUCAAGUUCGACUCUGGCGGCGCGGCGGCGCGCGACGCCGAUGUGUCCGCCAUGGCGCACGAGCUGCGGCGGCGCUCGCACUACAUGAAGCGGAUCCGCGCGCGCGCGGGGUGCACCGUCGACCCCAUCGUGCGCUACUCGAAGCAGGAGCUCGAUCUGACGCUGGAGAUACUGUGGAUGGCGUUCCUGAUGACGGUGGAGAACGAGGGGAGGAACGAGGAGCAGCUGCGCGGGUACGCGGGGAUCGACGGGUGGCUGCGGCUGUUUUGGUUCGACGACGCGGGCGCAUCGUUCAGCGCGGCGAAGCGCGAGCGCUGGCCGCAGAACAACGAGUGCACGGCGCUCGCGAUGUGGCUGUUCUGGUUCUUCCUCCGCCCGGAGGACUAUGUCAAUGAUGGCGCGCUGCACGAGAAGGCGACGGACUUGGUCAAGCUCAUCGCGCUGGGCGCCCACCAGUACCACCUCUGCGGGCCGUACCACGCCGCCUUCGAGCGGGACCCGACCGCGCACCUCGGGAUGCUCGUCACGCACUACGCGCGGCCCUACCGCCUGCUCCCGCCGCCGAUCACCGUCCCGGCCGUCCUGUGCUACCUCUCGCUGAUGAACUACCGCCUCGCGAGCGCCGCGCCGGCGCCGCAGCUCCUCUUCGCGCGGCGGCGCCCCGGGCGGCGCGGCGAGUGGCGCGCGGUGUGGUAUCGGUGUCUCGGGCCCGCGGCGGACGGACGGGGCGUGUUCGACGCGGGGAGCCUGGACGGGAUAUGGGAGGGGAUAUUCACGUACACGGAGUUCACCGCGUACGCGGCGCUGCUGUCGGGCGCGCCGCCGCGCGUGCUGCUCAACUCGCUCGUCGCGCAGCACCGGCACACGUGGCGCCUGCGCGAGUACCGCUGCGCGCGCGCGGGCCGGCGGGUGGGCGCGGGCGAGCCGCUGCGCGGGUUCCUCCCGCCGGGCGUGAGGGUGGAGGAGCGCCAGGCGGAGGGCGUGCUGGAGGUGUGGGAGGCGGGAAGGGCGGAGCCGGCGGUGUAUACCAGGCUGGGGGCGGGGGAGGUGGGGGAGAGGCAGGAGGAGGUGGGAGACGUGCUGGUUGUGGGCGAGGGCCACUCGUCGUGGGGCCAGUUCAACCUCCUUGGGCGGGUAAGGCCGUGGGACGGGUUCGUCUCGCUGUCGAAGGAAUACGUGGACGGCGACCGCGGCAAGUGGCUGUACCGGGGGUACCUGGUGGGGAACGCGGAGGGGCACAUCGCUGGGCGCUGGCGGGACACGCUGAGCCCGCCGAGCGUGCCGGGGUACGAGGGGUGUUUUGCGAUGAGUCGGCGGCGGUGA